AUGGCGGCCGCCAAGGAUUCUCAUGAGGAUCGGGACACCACUGAAAAUGCCGACGAGUCCAACCACGACCCCCACGCUCCAUUCAUUUCCUCCCGCCGCCGCGACCCGCCGCGGGCUCCUGGUGGCGGAAGCUCGCGCGUGGGGCUUAGGGGGGCAGGGGGCCCCCCGGACGCGCCCGACCCGGGGGGCGGCGGCGGCUUUGUUGGCCGCGGCGCAGGGACAGAUUCUCAUGAGGAUCGGGACACCACUGAAAAUGCCGACGAGUCCAACCACGACCCCCAGUUUGAGCCGAUAGUUUCCCUUCCUGAACAAGAAAUUAAAACGCUGGAGGAAGAUGAAGAGGAACUUUUUAAAAUGCGGGCAAAGUUAUACCGCUUUGCCUCUGAAAACGAUCUCCCCGAGUGGAAGGAGCGGGGCACUGGCGACGUGAAGCUCCUGAAGCAUAAGGAGAAGGGGAGUAUCCGUCUGCUCAUGCGCAGGGACAAGACCCUGAAGAUCUGUGCCAACCACUACAUCACACCACUGAUGGAGCUGAAGCCGAACGCAGGCAGUGACCGAGCCUGGGUCUGGAACACCCAUGCCGACUUCGCCGACGAGUACCCCAAGCCAGAGCUGCUUGCCAUCCGGUUCCUAAAUGCUGAAAAUGCACAGAAAUUCAAAACAAAGUUUGAAGAGUGCAGGAAAGAGAUUGAAGAGCGAGAAAAGAAAGGACUGGGGAAGAACGAUAACGCCGAGAAGGUGGCAGAAAAGCUCGAGGCCCUUUCGGUGAAGGAGGACGGCAAGGAGGCUCCCGGGGUCCAGGCGUCUGAAGGCGAGGAGGCCGAGAAGGCGGAAGAAAAGCAAUAA